AUUAUAGGUAAACCUAAAAAUUGGAAAUAGAGUUUGAGAAAUUGUUGUAGUAUCAGGUCAUUUUGCUGAAAUUUAAAUUUCACUUCAGUUUGGGCGGAGCACUGCAAAUUCCAUGGCUUGGUGGCGCCUCCUCGUUUCCAAAACCCCCACCGCCACACCCCCACCUCUUCUCCCAAACCCAAACCCUAACCCUAAUCGCCUGCAGCUCUCCCUCCUCCUCCUCCAAACCUCUCCAUUCUCCACCUCCUUCCUCAUCACCAAAACCCCCAAAAAAUUUAAAAAAAAGCGCAAGAAAGACGAAAGCCCUCGAACGAAGCUCGUCCAGACCCAACCCAACCUCAUCCCCCACUUCGAGCACAUCGUCGAGCGCGAUGCCCACUUCCGGUUCCUCACAAAAUCCAGAGACUUCCUCUCCAAGCAGCCCCACCGCGUCCUCCGCCUCGACGACGCCGGCAAGCUCCACCGAGAACUCGGCUUCCCUCGCGGCCGGAAAAUCGCCCGAUCCCUCCAGCGCCACCCCCUCCUGUUCCAAACCUACCGCCAUGUCGACAACAAAAUGUGGAUCGGCUUCACCGAGUUCAUGGAAGAUUUGCUCGAACAGGAACGAGUCAUUGUCGACUCAAUGGAAUCCGACCGAGUUAACAAGGUUCGUAAAUUGCUUAUGAUGUCCGCGAACAAGCGUAUCCCUUUGAGUAAAAUCUACCAUUGCAGGUCCUUAUUUGGAAUCCCAGAAGAUUUUCGGGACCGGGUUUCGAAGUACCCUAAUUAUUUUCGAACUGUGAUUGAGGAAGGUGGGAAGAGAAUGCUUGAAUUGGUGAAUUGGGAUCCGUUGUUGGCGAUGAGCACUUUGGAGAGGGAGUUUAUUGUUGACGAGGAGAAAGUGAAGAGGGCUUUCAGGUUUCCAGUGAAGCAUGGGAAGGAUUUGGGUUUGGAAAAAGAGGAUGAGAGGAAAUUGAACUUAUUGAACUCGCUUCCUCUGGUUUCGCCGUAUUCGGAUGGGUCAAGAUUGGACCUUUGGACUCUGGAAGCGGAGAAGUACAGAGUGGGAGUGUUGCAUGAGUUUUUGAGCUUGACAUUGGAGAAGAGGGCUUCUAUACACCAUGUUGUGGAGUUCAAGGAGGAGUUUAGUUUGACCAAGCAUACUUAUCAGAUGCUUUUUAAGCAGCCCAGAACGUUUUAUCUCGCGGGGACAGAGAUGAAUUGGGUUGUUUUCUUGAAAGAUGCUUAUGACCAAAAUGGGGUUUUGAUUGAGAAGGAUCCGCAGGUGGUUUUCAAUGAGAAGCUGUAUAAGUAUGCUGAAAUGAAGGAAAUGGAACAGGGUUGUGUUGAUCAAUGGAAAUGACAAGAGGGUUUGGACAAUUUGAGGGAGUUCUUUGCUUGUGCUUCAAGGAAUGUUGUGUUAUAGCUUGAGGAAGCUUGGACCUAGAAGGAAUUUGGGUGCAUCAGAGGUAUCUUGGUUGGUCCUUGACAUAACUGUAUCUUGUGUUGCAAGGUUUUUCGAGUCAUAAGAAAUCAUAACAUGUGAUGUAUAUAAAGCUUGGUGGCACCUUGUGGAAAUUUGGAUUAUUUAUCAACGAUUUACUUGGUAAUUUUGUGGAUGAAGGUGUGCAAAAAUAAACCUCCGGGCUUUGAGUUGCAGCAGGAGUUUUCAUGUCUUGUUGGUCAACUGGUGCCAGGGUGAUGGUGAUCAUUUAAGAAAAUGAACUGGGAAUUUUGUGAACAGGGGCAUUCUGAUUCUACUACAAAGCAAGGAUUUACUUGGAGAGCAAAUUUUGUUUCUGUAUUCUUUUGUAACUAGAUUUCAGGUACUUAAUGAUUGGUGAAAAUGAGCUCCAAAGUUCUGUUCUGA